AUGCAAAGCCUCACUCGUCGACUGAGACAACUUGUUUUCGGGCGUCCGCCGUCCCCACCUCGAACAUUUUCUCAGGCAGGCACCAUUUUAGACACAAACGAUAAAGUGGAAGAGGAAAAGCAACUGGGCUACUCGCCGGAUCAAUUUUACCCUGUGAAGAUUGGAGAUGUCUUCCACUUGAGGUACCAGGUAAUCGGGAAGCUUGGCUAUGGUGGCCACUCUACAGUCUGGCUUUGUCGAGACCUGCAGCAACAUGCCUACGUUACAUUGAAAAUGUACGAACAUGAUUCUAGCAAUGGGCAAAGAGAAAAAGAGGUGUAUGAUCACCUCAGAACAAUCAAAUCAAGCCACACAGGCUCUAUUCUCGUCCGACGAGCCAUCGAUGACUUUAAAAUCAGUUGUGCGGAUACCAACUACUCCUACCAGUGUCUUGUGCAUCCUCCUUUAGCUAUGAGUCUUUGCGAGCUUCGCCACAGGGCCAUAGGAAAGGUGCUUCCAGAAGUCUUAGUGAAGCCAAUUUUGAUCCACAUCCUUCUUGCCCUUGAUUUCCUUCACACAGAAGCCAAAAUUGUCCACGCCGAUUUACAAGAAAAUAACAUCAUGCUUAGUGUGGAAGAUGAGUCAAUCCUGGUCGCUUUUGACGAAGCAGAAAGGUCUAGCCCUAGUCCCCGCAAAAUUGUUGAUGAUCGGGUGAUCUAUCUAUCCCGAGGUUUAGAGAUUCCAAAGGUGCAUGGUCGCCCUAUUUUGGCCAACUUUGGAGAGGCUCGCUUUAGCUCGAGUUUAGGGACGCAAUGGGAGGAUAUCCAACCUUUAAUUUACCGUGCUCCAGAGGUUCUAUUACGGAUGCCAUGGGAUGAAAAAGUCGAUAUAUGGAACUUAGGGGUCUUGGCUUGGUAUCUUUUUGAGAAAAGCCGUCUCUUCCAUGCUCGCGAUUCAAAGGGAAAUAUCUCAGACAGCCACCACCUUGCUGGGAUGAUAGCAAUUAUGGGUGCACCACCGAAAGGAAUGCUUCAAAACAGUGAGUAUGCUCACAAUUUCUUUGACAGCGAUGGCAACUGGAGAGGUAAUGCGAAAAUUCCCUCCAUAUCUUUUGAGACACUGGAAGGAAAUUUGCGUGAUACACGACAAAGAUCGUUUCUCUGCUUUAUGCGGAAGAUGCUUCAGUGGAAGCCGGAAGAUCGGGAUUCUGCGAAAGAGUUACUGGCAGAUCCUUGGUUGAAGUCGAGUUGA